GGGAUGCGGAAAUGACGUAUUUUGUUUACAUGCGUACUUGAGGAGUGAUCUUUUACAGACGUAAAAACACAAAACCUUAUUUCUAUUAUAAAUACUAUCGCAAACAAGUAUGAAUAAUCCACCGUGGCCCAAUGGUAAGAAGGUUGUUCACUUGGAUUUGAAAGGUGCACCUCCGAAAGUGGAAUACAUUUACCAGCUGAUAGAAUGCUUUUCGAGGCUGGGUGCAGAUGGCCUGCUUGUCGAAUAUGAGGACAUGUUUCCUUAUGAGGGAGAGCUGACACUAUUGCAAGCCACAGCACAACCUGCAUACAGCCGAGAUCAGAUAUUAUCCAUACAGAAAGUUGCAAAAUCUAAAGGUAUGGAGAUCAUCCCACUUGUGCAGACCUUUGGCCAUAUGGAGUUUGUGUUGAAGCAUAGGCCCAUGUGGAACCUGAGAGAGCUGUCAAACUGUGUGGGCACCCUCAAUCCCCAUAAGGAAGAAGGAUUUAAGAUUGUGGUGGAAAUGCUGAGCCAGGUGGUGAAGCUCCAUCCAGGUCUAAAGACACUGCAUAUAGGUGCAGAUGAGGUGUACAUGUUGGGUGAGGGUGAGCUUUCAAAAGUCUGGUUGGCUUCACCCGGACGCACCGUGGAACAGCUAUUCUUGAGUCACGUCGCAUCUGUGGUCAAGUACAUCAAGGAAACGUGGCCUCAUAUGACCAUCAUCAUGUGGGAUGAUAUGAUGAGGGAUAUGAGUCAGGACACGUUGAAAGCUAGUGGUAUUGUAGGACUCGUCCAACCAAUGUUGUGGGAUUACACCCCUAAUCUGGAUGUGAAGAAAACCGUGUCACUGCUGGAGAAGUACUCCAGUGCCGGUAUGCAAGAUAUAUGGGCGGCCAGCUCCUUUAAAGGUUCCACCAGCGUUUACACCAAUGUACCCAGCACACAGAGACAUGUCGAUAACCAUUUGCAAUGGUUAAAAGUGGCUGCGUCGAUGCCCGCUGGUUUAAACGUUAGGGGUAUUGCCAUGACAGGCUGGCAAAGGUAUGACCACCUCUCCGUGUUGUGUGAGCUCAUGCCUGUGGGUCUUCCGUCACUAGCAGCCUGUCUCCAGACACUCAUCCAUGGCCAGUUUAGUCCUGAAGUUCAAAACAAAGCCAUUAAAAUGUUGGGUAUCGCUUCUGUGGAGGUAGAAGCCAUGGGAAGUACGUUUGAGGAUGCCACCCUGUUCCCGGGAAGGAGACUAGCAGAGUCAAUUGUGGAUCUGGACUCGCUUCUUUGCCUUGAGGAUCUAAGGUCCUUUGAAAACAAUAUGUAUGUACGAGGAUGGUUCAGUCCUUACCACAGAUCAAGGAUAGCAAACCCUCUCAUCAUUGUGCAGAUUCAGAGUCAAGCAUCAAUGUAUUUGGCUUUGUUGCAACAGAAGGUGGAUGUCGUAAGAGAGGAGAUGGUUAGUCUUUAUCCAGAUUCAACGGCACAAGAGUGGAUAGAUGAACAUGUUAGCCCCGUGAUGGCCCCCCUUCAGAGGAUUUUAGAUGACAUCGCAACAUGCACAGUGGAGAUAGCUCCAUAAAGUCAUUUGCUAAGUGUUUUUGUAAAUUGUAUUUUAAUAAAGACAAUGUACAAGCACAA